AUGGCGUUCCUAUAUCAGAUGCUAGGCAGUAAGAUCUGGCCCCCUCGCGAUACCGGGCCUGAUCUGACUGGCAAGACUCUCCUUAUCACUGGCGCGAACUCUGGUCUGGGGUAUGAGUCAGUCGUCAAGUUCGUCCGGGGCUCCGCCAAGCGGGUCAUUAUGGGGGUCCGAUCCGUGGAGAAGGGCGAGGCGGCGAAGGAGCAGAUCUUAGCGCAGGCGGGCGAGACGGACGUGAGGAUUGACGUCUAUCAAUUGGAUAUGCUGGACUAUGACUCGAUCCAGGCGUUUGCGUCUCGGGUGGACAAGGAGGUCGACCGCCUCGAGUACGUUGUUCUCAAUGCCGGCAUCAGCCCGCACGAGUUCAGGGAAUCAAAGUACGGGUUUGAAUCGACCCUGCAGGUCAAUCUCGUCUCCACCACGCUUCUGGCCUUGCUGCUGCUGCCAAAGUUGAUGGAAAGCAAGACACCUGUCUUCACCCCUGUCCUUGAGCUGGUUGGAUCUGGUACGCACCAGCGCCUCCGCGGCCUGUUGCCCGACACGGAUAACCCCGACAAGGAUCCUCUCGAGGUGUACAAUACUCGGGAAUCAUUCGGGGCGUUCGGAUUCCUGGAGCAGUACUCCUUGUCCAAGCUUUUCCUCAUGUAUGUGCAAUGGCAUCUCGUUGACCUCGUUAUCGACGAGAGCUCUGGAUUGCCUCGGGCAUACGUGGUCGUCGUGGGCCCGGGCCCUACUCAGUCCGCCAUCACGAGGGAGUUCGACAACAGGUCGCUCCUUUUCCGAAUGGCUUUCAGCGUGGUGUAUAUGAUGAUGAAGACGGCCGAGCAGGGUGCGAGGGUCUAUCUCAGCGGUCUCGCACUUGGAGAGCGCGGGCAUGGUCGAUUCUGGCAGUGGGAUUCCAUUGACAGCCCAGCGUAUUAUUGUACUGAUCCGAAUGCCACCGUGCGAUCAAAACGAGUGUGGUCUUCUAUUAUCACUGCUCUUGGGAAGGACGUGCCAGGGGCAGAAAGCGUUCUGCAGAGGGCCAAACAAGGAAACUCUGGUUCUUCAGUGUAA